AUGGCCUCCCACAACCAUCCAGAUGGCAAUAACACUGAUGAUGACAGCGACUUCGAUUUACGUGAAGACUGCUUCAGCGACGGCGAGAGCGAAACAGAUGCUUCAUCCGCCUCCGACUACGGCGCUGACGCCGUAUCGGACAAAGGUCGCAGCGAAGAAGGUGAAAUGGACGAAGAGGACGAGGACGACGCCGGACGCUGGCUCCAGAACGAGGAGGAGCAACGCCCUCCGGACUAUUACCUCCAGGAGGAAACCGACUUCGACCCCUCCACUCUUCGAACGCGGAGGUACAGCCCAAACACACAGUUGAGGCUAGAUUGGGUUAAAGAACACUGGGAGCGGUAA